GGUACUCAGUUUUCAAAAGAGGAGUUCGAAGAGGUUGCAGUGCACACACCAUAGUCAGUUGGCAUGGGAACUUUUUACUCUGAUAAUAAGAUUAUGUUUUGUAUUAAUACUCGGAAAUUAUGUUAUGACUUAUGUUACGGUUUUUAUAAAUAUGGUUUUAGUAAUGUUUUAAAAGAAAUCUUUAGCAGUGAAUUUUGGGUCGUUUCAACAUGUAUGAGAAUCAUUCUCUUCAUCAGGUUGGAUGCAAAAUGGGUUGCACAUUCUGUGCAACUGGAAGUGUGGGAUUCAAGAGCAACCUCUCAACUGGAGAGAUUGUAGAACAAGUAGUACUUGCUUCUCGAUUAUCACCCAUUUGCAAUGUUGUUUCCAUGGGAAUGGGAGAGCCAUUAAACAACUACAUUGCUUUAGUUGAAGCAAUUCGAGUAAUGAUAGCAUUCCCUUUUCAGCUUUCACCCAAGAAAAUUACUGUCUCAACGGUUGGAAUAAUUCAUUCAAUAAACAAGCUUCAUGGUGACUUACAAAAUAUAAACCUAGUAGUGUCGCUUCGUGCACCAGUUCAGGAUAUUAGGUGUCAAAUAAUGCCUGCUGCAAAAGAUUUUCAUUGA